CCUUUAAUACUUUUAAUGGUGGGGAUCCUUUUCCCCACUAUACAACAACACCAGGCUUCCUCAACAGAUUUCUACAGGGAAAAGAAGGAAAGAACCCCCAUUUUUCCAGAAAAAUGAGCAAUGAAUAUGAUUAUCUGUUCAAGCUCCUGUUGAUUGGUGACUCUGCUGUUGGAAAAUCAUGCCUUCUACUUCGUUUUGCGGAUGAUUCUUAUGUGGACAGCUACAUUAGUACCAUUGGAGUGGAUUUUAAAAUCAGAACAGUGGAGCUGGAUGGCAAGACUGUUAAGCUACAAAUUUGGGAUACUGCAGGACAGGAGCGGUUCAGGACCAUUACCAGCAGUUAUUAUAGAGGAGCUCAUGGAAUAAUUAUUGUUUAUGAUGUCACUGAGAUGGAGAGCUUCAACAAUGUCAAGCAAUGGUUGAAUGAAAUUGAUAGAUAUGCAAGUGACAAUGUUAGCAAGCUUCUUGUUGGGAAUAAAUGUGAUCUGGUUGAGAAUAAAGUCGUGGACACCGAGAAGGCGAAGGCAUUCGCUGAUGAGUUGGGCAUCCCUUUUCUUGAGACAAGUGCUAAGGACUCGAUCAAUGUUGAGCAGGCCUUCUUAACCAUGGCUGCAGAGAUAAAAAAGAGAAUGGGGAACCAGCCCACUUCAAACAGGAAAGCGGCAACGACUGUUCCAUUGAAAGGGCAGCCUAUUCAACAGAAAAGCAACUGCUGUGGUUAGCAGUAAGCCUCUUUUCUCCGCACGUUUCAAGGCUAAGAAACUAAAUUUCAUGUGGGUUUGGGCCUGAUUUUCUUAUCAAUUUCUUCCCAUGGACUGCAGAAAAACUAACUAACUGGUAAUGCAAGUACAAAGGAUUUGUUUUUCCAUGAUAUUUCUGUAAAUUCCUUGAUUUAAAUUUCUGUCGUUCUCAUCUUUGCUGUGUAUUUUGUUCCAUGAACGUUGUGAUUUCUGCGUAGAUAAUGCUGUACUCUGUAAAGGAUAUCUAGUGGGUUGGCAUUUUGAAUUGCAAAAAACAGGUGACUGUAAAUAAGUUUGGUACCUGAGAAUCUCUCUCUCUGCGUGUACGUGUGUAAAAAGUGCCUGCAAGUUUUGUGGUUUAUUUAA